AAAACCCAAAACCCUACAGCUUUGGUAAAAUCUCUCUACUGACUUUUCUUCAACCUCUCGCACUCUCUUCUCUUCUAAUCCUGCCCUCUACCAUUUCCAUCAUUGCUGUAACAAAUCUCUACCUACGUAAGUGCUUUACUUUCCUCUCACACGCACUCCCCACUCUCAAUUUCACUAAUUCCUUUGUUGGUCUCAAUCUUGCUUAGUCACAGUGGACGAACCACUGAUAAUAUCGGUUGGUUCCAUUUGUUUGAUUGUUCAAGUACUGACUGGUGUUUUGGCGGUUAUGGAGAAUACAGUUUGAUUAAUUUAAUUACUGCAAUUAAGUUAAUUGAAGGAGAGAAGCAGCAAAAUGGAAACGAAGAGAAAAUCGCCACUUCAGCUUCAAGCGCUUGAGAAAUUCUAUGCUGAGCAGAAGUAUCCCACGAAUAGUGCAAUGGAAGAGCUUGCUGCAGUCUUAGACUUGACAUUCAAACAAGUCCAGGGAUGGUUUGUUGAGAAAAGGAGGAGGGACAAAAGUAAAAAUAUACUGAUUACAACACCCUCUGUGACUACUAAUAGAAAGAAGGAUAAACGGCGGGACACAUUAAUUAAACAUGCAUAUUCAGGUUCUGCAAGCAAGAGUUAUAAGACUAAAAGGAAGAAGAAUUUGUUUCUUCUCCAAGACUUGUUGACACCAGACUACAUAUUAAGGAAGAUUUUUCGCAAAGAUGGUCCUCCCCUUGGUGCGGAGUUUGAUUCUCUUCCGUCCAGGGCAUUUGGGAAUGAUGAAGAUUCCAGAGAUUCUGGUGAUGUUUGCCAAGAGAACCAAAGAGCAAACAAAAGGAGAAAGGUACCCAAGCAGGGCAUCUUGAAUUAUCAAGAUAACAGUAAUAGUGCUCCGGUGAUGAAACAUGGUAUUGGGAAGGGCUUGAUGACAGUUUGGCGGGCCACAAAUCCGAACAGUGGAGAUUUUCCUCCAGGAGUUCAUUUUGCUGAUAGAGAAAUAGUACCACAAAUAUCAAUCUCUGUAUCACGAAAACCUUUACAUAAGAAAAAAAAGAGACAGCAGCUAGUAUCUUUAAUGAAACAGAGAAGGUUGGAAAAUAAAUCAAACCAUAAGAAGAAGCCUGCUGUUAAAAGGAGAGAGGUGGAAUCUAAAAGAGAUGAAUUCCAGAAGCAGCCUCGCAAGGAAAAAUGCGAACUUGCUCUGGAAGGAGUAAUAUCUCCGGAACAAGUGAAUCAAUUUGCAAUGCUAGUGGAUGAUGAAGAGCUGGAGUUGAGGGAGUUACAAGCUGGACCAAAUCCAAUUACAUGUUCAGAUCAUUGUGCUUCCAAUGGACUGCACGGUUGUUCCCUUUGCAAAGAUUUGCUGCCAAAAUUUCCUCCAAAUUCUGUUCGUAUGAAGCAACCAUUUGCGAAGCAGCCUUGGGAUUCCUCUCCAGAGACUGUGAAGAAACUGUUUAAGGUUUUUCAUUUUCUUUAUACUUAUUCCGUUGCCAUUGAUAUUUACUCCUUCACUCUUGAUGAGUUUGCUCAAGCAUUCCAUGAUAAGGAUUCUUUGUUACUUGGAAAAAUCCAUGUGGCCCUUCUGAAACUUCUAUUAUCUGAUGUUGAAACUGAGAUUAGUAAUGGAUUUCUGCCUCAUUUGAGUAUAUCUUGCAAGUUUCUUGCACUUCUUCAUUCGGUUGAAGAUCAAACAUAUAUUGUCGAUUUUUGGAAGAAGUCUCUCAACCCUCUCACAUGGACAGAGAUACUGCGCCAGAUCCUGGUUGCAGCUGGUUUUGGUUCAAGGCAAGGAGCAUUGCAUAGGGAAGCCCUUAGCAAGGAAAUGACCCUCAUGGUGAAGUAUGGCCUCCGUCCUGGAACUUUGAAGGGUGAAUUGUUUAAACUCUUGUUAGAGAGAGGAAAUAAUGGGUUGAAGGUUUCUGAACUAGCAAAUUCGUUGCAGAUUUCUGAAUUAAAUCUUGGUAGCACAACUGAGGAACUGGAACUUCUAAUAAGUUCUACUCUCUCAAGUGAUAUUACUUUAUUUGAAAAGAUCUCACCGUCUGCGUAUCGUCUGCGCAUCAGUACUCUUUCAAAGGAGACCAGUGAUUUUGAAUCUGAUACUGAGGAUUCUGGGUGUGUUCAUGAUGACUUCAAUGAUAACGGAACUUGUAGCAGCGGUGAUUCUGAGUGUGAAUCAGAUAAUUCCAAUUCAAGAAAAUUUAAACAUGCUAACUGUAAAAUAAUUAAAAAUGACAUGCUGACUGUUCACAAUGAAAUUGAUGAGAGUCAACCAGGAGAGGUAUGGUUGCUAGGACUUAUGGAAGGUGAAUAUUCAGAUUUAAGCAUUGAAGAAAAGUUGAAUGCUCUAGUGGCCUUGAUUGAUCUCCUCAGUGCUGGAUCCAGUGUUAGAGUGGAGGACGGAACAAAAUCCAUUGUUGAAUCUGCUCCCAGUGUGCCUCACUAUGGCUCAGGAGGAAAAAUAAAGAGAUCAUCAAAGCAACUUAAUUUGCCCAGGCCGUCCUGGGUCUACACUGGACAAAUGAAUGAUCCAAAAGAACACACAUUACCAGCAUCUCGCCCUAUUGAUUCUUCUAUGUUAAUUGUAAAGUUCAAUGAAAGGGAGAAAUCCUGUGGCAAGUUGAAAGACUUGAAAGAGACAGAAUUCUUGCAUUCAAUGCAAUCUAUCUUUUUGGGUUCUGAUCGUAGGUUCAAUAGAUAUUGGCUUUUCUUAGGCCCUUGUAAUUCACAAGAUCCAGGCCAUAAGAGGGUUUAUUUUGAAUCUUCUGAAGAUGGUCAUUGGGAGGUGGUUGAUACUGAAGAGGCUUUGCGUGCCUUGUUGUCCAUACUGGAUGACAGGGGAGCACGGGAGGCUCACCUUAUUGAAUCUUUGGAGAAGCGGGAAACUUUUCUCUACCAAGAGAUGUCUAGUAGCAUGUCCAAUGAUGCUGGAAAUAGUAACUUAACGCAAUCGGAUCAAUCUGGAAUUGAAAUAGUUAGAGAAGUUAGUACUUCGCCAGUGUCUGAUGUAGACAACAACCUAAGCAUGUCUGGGGCCAUUAAAGAUUCUUUGCCUUCAUGCAGUGCAAUAAUACUUGAGGCAGGGAAGAAAGAGGAAGAAGAAAACCGGAAAUGGAGCCGUCUUCAAGAGUUAGAUAAAUGGAUAUGGAAUUCUUUUUACUGCGAUCUUAAUGCCGUGAAACAUAGUAAAAGAUCGUAUUUUGAAUCGCUUACCAGGUGUGAAACUUGUAAUGAUUUGUACUGGAGAGAUGAGAAGCAUUGUCGAAUCUGCCAUUCGACAUUUGAACUUGAUUUUGAUCUUGAAGAAAGAUACGCUAUCCACUCAGCCACAUGUAGAGAGAGAGAAGACAGUGAAAUGUUCCCAAAACAUAAGGUUCUGUCGUCUCAGUUGCAAUCUCUGAAAGCUGCAGUUCAUGCAAUCGAGUCAGCUAUGCCUGAAGAUGCUUUGCUGGGUGCCUGGACAAAGUCUGCUCAUAGGUUGUGGGUCAAACGGCUCAGACGAACAUCAUCUUUGGCAGAGCUUUUGCAGGCUGUUGCUGAUUUUGUUGCUGGAAUUAAUGAGGACUGGUUGUGUCAACUUGAUGUUCCGCAAGAUUCAAAUACUUCUAUGGAAGAAAUUAUUGCAUUCUUUCCAACUAUGCCUCAAACAUCAUCUGCUCUUGCUCUCUGGUUGGUGAAAUUUGAUGACUUAAUUUCUCCUUAUUUGAAAAGGGUUCAAGGUGAAAACAACCAGGAAACUGGAAGCAAAUGCACAGGUAAAAAAAAUGCUUGUAAGCAAUAGGUCCAAGUAAGGCUUCGGCUCAUGCUGUGGCAUUUUGCGUAUAGAGAGCAUAAAGGGUUGCUUGCCUUCGAAUCCGUGCGCUAUGCCCUGUUCCAAGAAUUAUUGAAACGAAGUUUCACCGCUAGUUUCGCAUUGAGGAGCAUAAUUUGAUGCAUUUUUUCUGGUCUGACCAGAAGGAAAUGAAGGCAUAGAUACAAGUUUGUAUAGAGCAGACCUUUUGACUAUUUCCAAUUUUUGGCUGUUGGCAGACAAGUGAAUUAGUUUUGUACAGCAUUAAAAAAGACGAUCUAUAUUCAAAAAUUAGUUUUUAGUUCAGUAUAUAUCUUUUUUUCCCUUUCAAAAAAGCAAAUAACCUCCAUUCCCCUGUUUUCUUGUAGAAAAAGAUACUUUUUGCUUGUUUUUAUUCAUGGUAUGGGAGGAAUCAAUUUUUGUCACGGUAUGCUUGACAGUCCAAUGUUUGUUGAGGGAUAAUAAGUGUUGCUUAUGUAAACCUUCACUGAUUACAAUGCUGAAAGCAAAUAUAUGAGGUCAAUUUUUUGGGCCUCAGCUAUUCUCUUUACA